ACCACCCUCCGCCGCCGCGCGCUCCGCCCAAUGCUCCCUGAGCGCCGGGGGCGGGCCUGUGAGGCGCGUGGCUGGAACCUGGGGGAUAUCCGCGCGGGCUUGAACCAUGGCUGAAAGUGGCCGGCCACCUCAGGCCCGGGCCCUCCUGCAGCAGUUCCUGAACGCCCGGCUGCAAGUACGCCCCGCCGAAGGGGACGCCGCGGCCCAGUGGGUGGAGGUCCAGAGAGGAUUAGUGAUCUACCUGUGCUUUUUCAAGGGAGCUGAUAAAGAGCUUCUUCCCAAAAUGGUUAAUACACUGUUAAAUGUGAAAUUAAGUGAAACAGAAAAUGGCAAGCGUGUCUCUGUAUUGGAUCUACCUGGCAACAUUCUUAUCAUCCCUCAAGCCACCCUUGGGGGGAGAGUAAAAGGAAGAAGCAUGCAGUAUCACUCUAACUCUGGAAAAGAAGAGGGGUUAGAACUUUAUUCCCAAUUUGUGACUCUCUGUAAAAAAGAAUUAGCUGCUCACAGCAAGUGUGCCGAAGCUGGGGUUGUGGUGGAACAUGGCACUUACGGCAACAGGCAGGUGUUAAAGCUCGACACCAAUGGACCAUACACACACCUAAUUGAGUUUUGAAAAAUUAAAAGUUUCUACAGUUGUAAUUAGAUUCUCUCCCCCUUCUGCUUGAGUACACUCAUGUGCAGCAUUUUUAGACAAGGAAAUCCUGGGUCCCAUCCAUAACUCUGCAGCCUGCUACUUGGACGACCUUGCCACGUCACCUAAACUCUGGAUCUCAGUCACCUUCCAUCCUGCUUUCCCCUAAACUCACACUCAGAAUUUUGAAAAAUGCCUUGUAUUCGCUUUAUGGUCAUUGAUAAGAACAUGGAAAUGUUCUUAGAGAGCUGUAUUUAAGCAUUUUGCAAUUAAGCAUUUUGUGCAAUCAAGAAAAAUGUUUCUUAUACCCUCAAAUGUAUGUAAUAUGUAGUAAAAAUCACUUUUUGUGUUACGAUUAUAAUUUUGUCAAUUUUGUUUUAGUAUUUCAGAUUUCCAUGCUUUGAAUGAAAGAAUAUGCAAUUUACUAUUCCUUCUAAUAAUAUCUAUGAAAAUGUAAUACAGAAAUGUUAUUGGACAUUUUAAUAUUAUUUUCCAAGGACAUCCAAGUGCUUUAAAUUAUUUUAAGAAUCUUUAGUUGAUAUAGCAAUAAGGUAUG